UUAGAGGGUCACAUUAUGUUCUCUACACCGGCAAAGGCCCGCCCCUUAGUAUGCCUUAGUUUCUCUUUCAGAAAGAUGGAAAAAAAAAAAAAAUCGAAUCGACUUUUUCCCCGGGGUCCUCUCUGAAGCAUCCAGUAGGCGCCUAAUAAAUGGCUAAGUCGUUACCGGGGUUUCUAAAUAAGGAUACCGAUGGCGGAGUCUGGCCACAUUCCAGAUGUCCCCAAGAGGCCCGGCCGAGGGGCUGGCACCGGGGCGGGCGCACUAUAAAUGAGCUGCUGGGGACGAAGGGGAACGGCAGAGCCCGGGCGGCGGCGGCAGAGCAACAGGAUGGAGAUCCCGGUGCCAGUGCAGCCCCCUUGGCUGCGUCGAGCUUCGGCGCCACUGCCGGGAUUUUCUACCCCCGGACGUCUCUUUGAUCAACGUUUCGGCGAAGGGCUGCUGGAGGCCGAGCUGGCUGCCCUCUGCCCGGCCGCGAUCGCCCCUUAUUACCUGCGGGCCCCCAGUGUGGCACUGCCCACGGCCCAGGUGCCCACGGAUCCUGGCCAUUUCUCGGUACUGUUGGACGUGAAGCAUUUCUCGCCGGAGGAAAUCGCUGUCAAGGUGGUUGGUGAUCACGUCGAGGUGCAUGCGCGCCACGAGGAGCGCCCGGACGAGCAUGGGUUCAUCGCCCGCGAAUUCCACCGCCGCUACCGCCUGCCUCCCGGCGUGGACCCCGCAGCCGUGACCUCGGCGCUGUCCCCCGAGGGCGUCCUGUCCAUCCAGGCCGCACCAGCUUCAGCCCAGGCCCCGCUGCCGUCCCCAACCGCUGCCAAGUAGGGGAUGGGGCCGCCUGAACCCCGAGGGCCACUUUGGCUCUUUUUUAAAAAGCCGAUCUGACUCCGCCCAGCCAGACACCCCGACAGCGCCAAGACAGCCCCUGCGCCCGGCCAGCCUCAACCCAGCACCCCGCCCUCUAGGACUCCCUCCUGCGUUCCUUCUCCUAUGAAAUAUCUGCCUUCCUCUCCGCCCCCCACAAGCUACAGCGCAGGCUAGUCAGGCAAAAACUUCCUCUCCCCUCCACAUGCCCCACCCAGACGGCAGGCCUAUCCCCAAGACUGGAUUCUGCCCUCAGAGACACUCCACUACCCCAAGCCCAUUUUCAGACCUGAAACCCUAACCACUCACCCAUACUCUUGAAUUCCUUUUGGACCCCUUAACCCUGCGAUACCUAUACCAGGCCAACCGGGACCCCCAACUUCAAACUGUAGACUUCGCAGGCUAGGUGUGUGUGCUAGACCCACCUCCCCAACUCACCAGCAGCUUUGUCCUGAAUCUCAGCCCCUGCAGCCUGAUAAGAUAUUCUAGACAUGGCCCUGCAGCUCCAAAUACUCCAUUCCCACAGCCUGUCUCCCUGUCACCUAAUAAAGAUGCUAGGCCUGUG